AUGGGUGGACCCGAAACUACUGCAGAUGUUUAUAACUUUCUUCUUAGACUUUUCUGUGAUCGGGAGAUUUUUCAUCUUCCCUUCCAAAAAACCCUUGCCAAAUGGGUUGCUAAACGCCGUACUUCGAAAAUUCGGGAGAAGUAUGAUGAAAUUGGUGGGGGUUCCCCCCUUGUUCAAUGGAUGACCUGCCAAGGAAAGGCUCUAGUUCGAACCUUGGACGCAAUUAGUCCAGAGACUGCUCCUCAUAAGUAUUAUCUAGGUUUGAGAUAUGUUCAUCCUCUUACUGAAGAGGCUGUUAAUGAGAUUGAAGAAGAUGGUGUUGAGAGAGUCGUGGCGUUCAGUCAGUUUCCACAGUAUAGCUGUACUACAACAGGUAGCAGUCUCAAUGCCAUUGCUGCACAUUACAACAAACCUGAAUGCGGUGGUUUGGCGAAUAUUGAUAUAAUCUCACCACCGAAAAAUCAAAUUAGUGGAGUUCCAACACCUCCUGGACCCAUUUGGUCUUUUCUGGAUAGGUGGCCUACUGUAAUGCCUGAACUGGUUCAAGUGUUUGCUGACAAUAUCCGUCAUGAGCUCUCUUUUAUGCCUCCACCGUAUGAUAAGAAGGAUACGGUUAUCCUCUUCAGUGCCCACUCAAUUCCCAUGUCGACUGUCAAUCGGGGCGAUCCAUAUAUCCAGGUACGUAAAUAUAAUCUCACCAGUUUAGUCGUUCAUAUUUUUUUGGUACCCUAUACACUGCAAAUGGAAAGUCUUAAAAUUUUGAUCUAA